GGAGGAGUACCUCGGCCAAGAAAAUUAUGCAUGCGUUAGGGAAGCUCUGAGAGAAUGGCUGUGGAAGCUCUCCACUGUGGUUUGAAUCCACGGGGUAUUGAUCACCCUGCCUGUGCUGAAGGUAUUAAACUGCAAAUUGAAGGUGAAGGUGUGGAAUCUCAAUCCAUUAAAAACAAAAAUUUCCAGAAGGUGCCUGACCAAAAAGGAACCCCUAAGCGACUGCAGGCAGAGGCUGAGACAGCUAAGUCAGCUACAGUGAAGCUGUCAAAACCAGUGGCUCUGUGGACCCAGCAGGAUGUCUGCAAGUGGUUGAAGAAACAUUGUCCGAAUCAGUAUCAGAUCUACAGGCGAGCUCUGCUGAGACUUACUGACAAAAAGCUUGAGCGAAUGGGGAUUGCCCAGGAGAACCUCCGGCAGCACAUCCUACAACAGGUGCUCCAGCUGAAGGUGCGAGAAGAAGUCAGAAACCUACAGUUACUCACACAAGCUAUAGAGAUUGUGUGCUGCACAACCCCAGGAGUAGAUUGUGUGCUGCACAACCCCAGACACAUAGAUCAGGGCACGAUUUCCCCAUCAGGAGUUGUACAGUGUGCAGUCUGCAUAACCGUACAGUGCAGUCCCAGCUAUCUUCAUCUGACCACCAAUUCUGAGAGGGCCUUGGAAUUUGAGUGA